CGGAUCACGUGACCCGCACAGCUGACCACGACAGAACCGCCAGCAACCGAGCGGCCGCGUCACCACUCAGCGGACUGUACCAACUGCUCCCCAAAACGGGGGGGGGGGGACUGUAUAUAGAGAUUACUGCCAUUCCACACGUGCGAUAGUUAAGAAUCACCUUCAAUAGAUGUUUCCAUGCUCUAAGAGGCAUUGUACACAACGACGCUCCAUCGCUGGGGCCGUUACUAGAGUUAUUUACCAGGAGCCCUCGUCUCCAACACAGUGUCGCCUUACCGCUGCUGCCGAAAGAGGGGAUCGUCGACGACCACCAUGACGUCCAAGACCGGCGGGAAAAGAGCCUCUGUGGCCAGUGUCCGGAUAAACAUGGAGGCCUCUGACAAACCGGCGCAGAAAGCGCCUAUAAGGAAUAAGCCGUCCCUGGGUAAUGUGUCAGUCAGUACCCACGCCUCCUGGAGCAUAUCCGGCCUGCUCGCUGCGCAGAGGAUGACCAAGAACUUUAAGGAGAGAAGAGCCCACAAAGUAGCGCUGGUGAAGAAGAUAGAAAUCGUAGAACCCCAGCCUCCAUCCUUUGCCUCCCGGCCACCUGAGAAGGUCCAGGUCUCCGCCAUCCGGCAAAUCCUGGAAGGCUACCUCCCCCUGCGGUUGGGGGACACCACCUACGACCCCAAACAAGUCCCAUCGCUGGUGAAGGAGAUCAGCGAUGAGAUCAGGAGCCAGGUGAAGAAGGUCCUGCCCGCCCGAUACAAGAUGCUCUGCGUGGCCACCAUGGGUGAGAGAGGUCAGGAAGACAUCAAGGUGGUCAGCCGCUGCCUCUGGGACCCUCACGCCGACAACUACGCAGCGCACGUCUACCAGAAUGACAGCCUCUUCUGUGUGGUGUCUGUAUACACUGUGUUCUGCGAGUGACUCUGCCUCCAUGGCCCCAAUAUACAGCAUAACUAUGUCCUCCCGUCCCUAUACACUCACUUUAUUAGGUACACCUGUUCAAUUGCUUGUUAGCACAAACGGAUAAUCAGCCAAAUACAUGGCAGCAACUUAAUGCAUUUAGGCAUGCAGAUGUGGUCAAGACAACUUUCUGAACUUCAAACUGAGCAUCAUAAUGGGGAUUUAAGUGACUUUGAAUGUGGCAUGGUUGUUGGUGCCAGUCAGGUCGGUCUGGAUAUUUCACAAACUGCUGAUAUACUGGGAUUUUCACACACACACACACACACAACCAUCUCUAGGGUUUAGAGAGAAUUGUCCGAGAAAGAGAACAUAUCCAGUGAGCGGCAGUUGUGUGGAUGGAAAUGCCUUGUUUCUGUCAAAGGAGAAUAGGCAGAAUGGUCCGAGAUGACAGAAAGGCAACAGUAAUUCAAAUAAUUUAAUUCACUUGUUACAACCAAGGUUUGCAGAAUACAUCUCUGAACGCACAACACGUUCCAACCAUGAGGCAGAUGGGCUACAGGAGCAGAAGACCACACCAGGGGCCACUUCUGUCAGCUAAGAACAGGGAACACAGGCUACAAUUCACACAGGCACCAAAAUUGGACAGUGGAAGACUGGAAGAACGUUGGCUGGUCAUAUGGGUCUCGAUUCCAGCUAUGACAUUCAGAUGGCCGGGCCAGGAUUUGUCAUCAACAACAUGAAAGCAUGGAUCCCUCCUGCCUUUUAUUAGGUUCAGGC